AUGACCUCCAUCUCCUCGGACGACCAGGCUCGCGCCAAUGUCGAUAUUCGCGGCACCAAGGGCAAAGGUGCGGCUGGGCGGUGUCUCGCGGCGCGUAAGGCCUUCCAGCCCGGUGAGCUCAUCGCAGCCUUCUUAGACCCGAUAUUGGUUCUCCCCAACGGCCCGUCUGCUAAAAUUGUCUGCAACCACUGCCUGAGCCAUACCAAGCCGACAAAGGCGUGCACGGGCUGCAGGGCCGUGGUGUACUGCGGUCCAGCCUGUCAGAAAGCCAACUGGGGCCUCAUCCACAAGCUCGAGUGCAAGGUGUACAAGAGGGUCAAAGCCUCGGUCGACAAAGACUGGCUGCCCACGCCCUUUGGCCAUCUGGAGGGAAACGUGGACAAGUUCAAGCAGAAUGCCGACGUCUGGAAAGAUGUUGGCCUUCAGGCUUAUGGUGGCAUGGCAUAUGCCGGGAGGAAGGAGAAUGACGAUCAACUUCACAUGGCGAGGGAUAUUUUAUGCAAGAUCCAGACAAACUCCUUUGACAGGACGGACGCGGAUACAGGGCAGGCUGGCAUCUUCCUCCACAAGACUCUUGCCAUGGCCAAUCAUUCCUGUAUACCGAAUGCGGUUGUCAACUUCUCGGGAAGGCAGGCCUUUCUGAGAGCCGAGCUCCCGAUCAAGGAGGGAGACGAGAUCACCAUCUCAUACAUUGACUAUACCAAGCCAAAGCUAUUCCGUCAACUCGGCCUCCACCUGUACCAUUUCGAGUGCGUCUGCCCACGCUGCAAAGGCGACCUGACGGUCUACGAAGUGUGCAAGAGCUCCCCUAUCAUUCCCCUAAAUUCGUUCAGCCUGGUUCCCAACCUGGAGAAACUCCGCAAACCACCCAUAAAGCCGCCAAGCUCACAAGCGGGCCUCAAGGAGCUCAAGGAUAGCAUCGAUGAGAUCUACGUCGCCUGCCAACCCCCCGAUCCUUCACAGGCGCCUAGGACAUCCGAGGCACGACUCACACACCUGCAACAUCAGUGGAAACAAUGCCAGCCUUUGAUACAGGCCCACAUGUGGGCACAGGAACCACUGGGGCUGACAGUCGAGCACGCCAUUAUGUACUACAUGGAAACUGGCAGCUUUGCACAUGCACUCUCUGUCGCGUGCUUCGCCGCCCUGAGCUGUGCCCCCUUCAAGUAUCCCGCGCCCUUCAAUGAGCGACGGCUCAAGGGCCUCAUGGUCAUCGCCAAGACGCUCACGAACACGGCACCACCUUCGGUGAUGGACGAGCUCUCCAGAAGAUCCGAUGAGAGGGUAAUGAUGUGCUUGCGCCAGGCUGAUCAGGUCGCCAUGUGCGAGGCACUCGCGCUGAUGGUGGAGAAAUACGGGCUGCUGGCCAACUCGGAAGACUGGGAGAUCGUGGAGCUUGCGAGAAGUUUUCUUAAAGACAUUGCGAGUCUGCCGGGCCGGGAGAAGGAGUCGGGGCUUCUUCGUGGUUGGGUCAAGAGUCGUGACGAGGCCGGCACCAAGUACUUCAAGGAGCAGAUCCUGCAGCCCAUCGAGGAUUUGGCUUCAUUUGCGGUGGACAUCAUGGUUGCAGAUUUUGCGGAGACCGCAUAG